AUGAUUACUGCACUAUCGGAGACUAUCGGAGUAUGGGAGCAAGGGGUGUUGGAGACACUGGUAGUAUAUACGGGCUUCGCGGUGGCCGAUCGCGCGGCCGGUGUCUGGAGGACUGACGCGCGGUGUUCAGCCCGGAGCCCGAGCCCGCCCGCACACCCCUCUCCGACGCUCGCGCAGCGCCCUCCAGAUGUUGCCGGCUCUCGCGGAAACCUCCAGAAUCCAUUUACCGACACUCACAUGAUACAUACUCAUUUACAGGCCUUUACACGACUGAUGAUGGCACAGCCUCAGCAUCGUCGUGGUGGCGACGACCCCGCCCCGCCACGCUCUACCGCCUACCACAACCUCGCCGAAACUUCGCACUUCACUUUUCCACCACAAGGAACUGUCAAAACGCACCAUCCGUGA